AUGCUCUCUACCGGUUUCACAGAUGUGCCAGUAACGCGCAGCCUUGUCUAUGGGGUUAUCGUAACCUCACUCCUCGCUAGUAUCACAGAUUCAAAGCAUUUUUUCUAUAUACAAGCAGAUCCUCAUCUGCUACGAUAUCAUCAACUAUGGCGGAUGCUGAGUUACCAAUUAUGCUAUACCAAUUCGACAGAAGUAUUUUUUGGCGCGAUAACAUACUAUAAUAUGAGAGUGGUGGAAAGAUUAUGGGGAUCUCGUAGAUUUGCUUCUUUCCUGAUAUUAUCGUUCUGCUUCACCUCGAUAAUAUCGCCAAUCUUGCUCAUCCUUCUACGACCCCUUUCCCUCUACGCGAUAAAUUACCUACCCGCAGGACCAACGGCUCUUAUAUUUGCUAUCCUAGCCCAGUACCAUGCCGUUAUUCCGCAUCAAUACAAAUACAAAGUUGCAGCUACCUCUGCACCUAUGACCGAGGAGAAUUUCGUAGGAGUUACAUUCUCGGAUAAAUCAUACAUAUAUCUCCCCGCUAUUCAGCUGGGUCUUUCCCAAUUUCCAGGCUCACUGAUAUCUGCAAUGGUCGGCUGGAUUAUUGGCUAUUGCUGGCGAAACGAUGUACUACCUACAGCUUUCACGCGAUGGAGAUUACCAGGCUGGAUGGUGGGCGUUCAGGUCAAGAAGAGAAGUGAAGGGUUUGAAGGAAUGAGGAGGAGAUUGGAGGGAGAAAAUACAGUGGCUGCUACAGGAUCGGAUGGUCAGUCGGGUGGAGAAGUUGGAAGAAGGAGAACUCUGGCGAAUCAAUUUAUUGACCAAUUUAGAGGAGCGCCAUGA